UCGCAACGCUUGCCGCAUUUUGUCUCAACGUACGAGCUGAAACCAGCGAAGUAGUAAACAUUACACAAAUUUCUGGUCAGUUAUCUAAAAUACCAUUAUUUUCACCGUAAUAAAACACUCUAAUUAGUCGGUGUUGUGUAUUUCCUAAUUCAGAUUAUAAGGUGAAUGUGGUAACCAGAUGAGAUGCGUUUUUGGUAGUGCACCCAAAGUGAAAGUUCAGUAAACAGCAUUUGGUAUCUUGCAUUGCACUAGGAAAGAAGCACAAGUAUUACGAAAUACGAUGUCGUCACUCGCAGUCAGUUUUUCGCGGGUGACGCUGACCGGACUGGCAGCCAGAUCAUCUUCAGCAAACAGGUUUUUGUCGCAUCUUCAGCUAAAUGGUGCUCAACUGAGAAAUUUCGCUGUUUGUGCUUCUGGUGGAUUACCUAUUUGCAGUAGGGAGCAGCUUUCAAGGUUUGGUGAUGGUAAAGCCAGGAAUUUGGCUGCACUUCAGUCGAUAAACAAUCACCAUCAAAGUUUGAGGCAUUUCUUUAAGGAUGCAUCAAACCAGGUACCGGAUAAGCAGCCGAAAACACAGUCGGACGAUGGCAUUGGUAAAUCAUCGCCCACCGAUGGUGGUAGUGGCAGCAGCAUGCAACAGGAGGAACCGGCCAAGCUUGGCCUGUUCGCACGCUUCAAGAAGAUGUAUAAAGAGUACUGGUACGUGUUGGUUCCAGUCCAUUGCGUCACAUCGGUGUUCUGGUACGGCGGUUUCUACUAUGCGUCAAAGAGUGGGGUUGAUGUAAUUGCCCUGCUCGAAUCGAUGGGCGUCUCGCAGAAGCUUAUCGACCCGGUACGGGACUCCAGUCUGGGACACAUUGCAGUUGCUUAUCUGCUUUAUAAAAUUGCAACACCCGCUCGGUACACCGUAACAUUGGGCGGCACCACUCUAUCGAUCAAAUAUCUCGUCCAGUGGGGCUACAUCAAGCCGAUGCCUUCCAAGGACAAACUGGUGCAGAUGUACAAGGACAAAAAGGAGAACCUUCAGGAGCGGAUUGCCGAGAAGAAGCAGGACUUCCAGGACCGCAAGCAGCAGUUGGCCGAUGCGAGUAAGAAAAACCUUCAGGACACGAUGAAAACGUUGAAGUCGGAAAAAAACGUCACUGAGCAAAAGUAGCGCAUAUUGAUGACUGGUGAUUUUGGCCGCAGCAGUGGUGGGACUAAUGUUAGCUGUUUUCAUAUUUUUGUCAAUUUACUGUGUUGUAAAAGUCGUACUAAAACAAAGUGCUAGAGUUCUCUACUCAGAAUUGUUAAUGAUGCUUCGUUUGAAAUUUAUUUUGACCAAAAUAAAUCGUUAAACAAGA